AUGUCUUCCUCCUCUGCUCUCCUCCCUCUCCUCAACGGCACCCACCACCUGUCCCCACUUGCUCUCCCAGUGCCGGAGCCCUUCUCACACUUCCCCAUGACCGACAUCCACAACGCUCUCCCUUACCCGUACGCCGACCCCUUCCCCGGAAACCGGCUCCCUCCUAUCCCCGUCUUCGACAACACAGGUCGACCCAUCUCACGCCCCAGUAGCCCAUCAUACGAUCCUGAACAGGCAGCUAGGGAACACGAGAUCCAUCAUUCGACACCCGUGUCACCACCACGAGCUGGAUCGCCGUCGGACUGGAUAAACCAUGUCCGCGAGGCGGAAAGAGCAGGAGCUGCGGCUCACCCACCUUCGCCGCUGAUCAACGGCUGGCCGCGAGAUGGCGUUCGCGCUGCGGAACGGGUCUGGCCUCCUCUUCUCGAUCCUUCACCCUCUCCCCCUCCCCUCGUACUGCCACCACCUGCCACUGACACACGACUUUGUUGGGAAUGCGAUCGCCCAGGACACCUCAUCGCCAAUUGUCCCAUCACACGCAUCCGCCGCCGCACUGACCUCACUGCCCGGAACUUUAUACGGGACUACGAAGUGUACGGCGAAGUGGUCGAACUCCUCUCGACACAACUAGAGCAUGUGGCGGAGAAUUACGGGUACUACUGGCACAUCCGGGACAGGAUGAUCGAUGACGCCCGUUGGGAAGGACAUCCGACACGUCAUACCCCCGUCAUGGAUCCCCGCACUUUCAUGGCUCUCCCCAUCCGCGAUCCUGAUGCCGUCACGAGCCAACGACGAGUGUAA